AUGCUGAGCCCAGGCCGUGCUGGGAGCCCAGACGCCUGGGUUACUCACACAUUCCUGGCCCAGGUGGGGAGAGUGUCAAAACAGCCCCGGGAUUGCACAGGAUGGGCCGAAUUCACGGGGUCUACGGAGUCCUGGGAGUCACCGGUCCCUGUCCCGACCUGGAUCCCUCCUCGUCUUUGUCUCUCUGGCCCUGGGGCACUAUCAGUGCUGAACUGCCUCGGUCUGCCCAGCCAGGGGCUCCUGCCACCGGCCCCUCCCUUCCUCUGGCUCAGGACGCCUGGUUCUCCUAUCUGGCUGUCUGCGUGUCUGUCUGCCUGCCUGCCUGCCUGCUGGCUUACCCCUUUCUGCCCCUUUCUCCCCCUUUCUGUUUUUCUCAUCACUUUCUCUGAUAGCUCUCUUGCUGCCUCUCUUCCUGUCUGCUUGCCUUCUUUGUCUGUCUGUCUUAUCUCUUCUCUCCCCUCCCUCCUCUCUCCUCUCUCUCUCUCUCUCUCUCUCUCUCUCUCUCUCUCUCUCUCUCUCUCUCUCUCUCUCUCUGUCUCUCUGUCUCUCUCUCUGUCUCUCGCUCUGUCUCUCGCUCUGUGUCUCUGUCUCUGUCUCUGUCUCUCUCUCUCUGUCUCUCUGUCUCUGUCUCUGUCUCUGUCUCUCUCUGUCUCUGUCUCUCUCUCUCUCUCUCCCUCCCUCCCUCCCUCCCUCCCUUCUCUCCCCUCUCUUCCCCCCUCUCUCUCCCUUUCCCUCUCCCUCUCUCUCUCUCUGUUUCUCCCUCCCUCCCUUCUCUCUCUUUCUCUCUCCCUCCCUCCAUUCCCCCCUCUCUUUCUCUCUCUCCCUCCCUUCUCUCCCCUCUGUCCUCUCCCUUUCUCCCUCCCUCCUCUCCCUCCCCUCUCUCCCCUCUCUCCUCUUUCUCUUUCUUUGCCUCCCUGCCUCCCUCCCUUCUCUCUUUCUCUUUCUCCCUCUCUCCCUCCCUUCUUUCCUCUCUCUCCCUCCCUUCUCUCCCCUCUCUCCUCUCUUUCUCCCUCCCUCCCUUCUAUCCCCUCUUUCCUCAUUCUCUCUCUCUUAACCUCCCUCCCUUCUCUCCUCUCUCUUUCUCCCUCUCUUCUUUCCUCUCUCUCCCUCCCUUCUCUCCCCUCUUUCUCUCUCCCUCCCUUCUUUCCUCUCUCCUCUUUCUCUCUCUCUUAGCCUCCCUGCCCCCCUCCCUUCUCUCUCUUUCUCCCUCCCUGCCUCCCUUCUUUCCUCUCUCUGUCCCUCCCUUCUCUCCCCUUUCUCUCUCCCUCCCUUCUUUCCUCUCUCUCCUCUCUCUCUCCCUCCCUCCCUUCUCUCCCCUCUCCUCUCUCUUUCUCCCUCCCUCCCUCCCUUCUUUUCUCUCUCUCUCCCUCCCUCCCUUCUCUCCCCUCUCUCCUCUCUCAUUUCUCUUGCUCUGUGUUCUUUUCGCUCUUUCUCUGUAUUUCUCAUCUCUUUCCUUGCCCCUCUCUCUUCUCUCUGUGGGCCUGUCUCUCCCUUUCUCUCUCAUGUCUUCAUCUCUCUGUCUUUUUCUCUUUCUGCCUGACUCCUUGACCAUUCUCUCCUAAAUCCCUUCCUCUCUGACUUGUCUCUUCUCUUCUUUCUUCUCUGUGUGACUCAGUGUCUCUUUGUCUCAAUGCAGACAUUUAUUAAGCUCCUAUUACAUGCAAGGCCCCAUUUUGGACUCUUGAGGAAGGAACCAAGCAAAAAGGAAGGAAGCAAGGAAGAAAGACACACUCCCUGCCCUCAAGGAGCUUACAUUUAUUUGGCCACAAAAUACUAAUAGUGCAGCAAGGACAAAGAUACAAAAAUGUUCUAAAAAUAUCUGGGAGGGUGAGAUUUGUAAAAGAGAUUCAGGAGGGCUUCACAGAAGAGGUGAUACCCCAGUUGAGUGUCAAAUGAUGAGAAGGAUCUGAGAGGCACAGCUGAGGAGAGAGGUCAUUGUAGGCCUCUGGCACAGCCCAUAUAAACAUGCCAAGGGGGGGGGGGUAGGACCAGUCUGACUGAAGGGGAAGGCGUGCAAGGGAGAAUUGUGGGGAGGUCUGAAAAGGAAGAAUGCAGCCAGACUGGGGAGAGCUUUCUACUCCACGGUGGAUUUUGUGUUGUAGCCCAGAGGUCUGGGAGCCUUUGAAGUUCAUUGAGCAGGGCAGUUGACUCAGAUCUAUCUAUGCCUUAGAUAAUAAUUGGCAGUAACAGAAAGGAUGGAGGGCCCAGCUGAGAGGACAUGAAAAUAGUCUGGGCAAGAGGCAAGGAAGGCCUGAGGCCAACUGAGUUUGGUAAAGGGAAGGAUGUUGAAGGAUUGACUAGACUUGGCCAGUGGUUGUCUACGGGAGGGAGGGAGAAGGAAGCGUUUGGGAUGACCCCGCGAUUGGGGUUCCGGCUGUUUCUCUGUGAGUCUCUGUAUUUCUAGCUGUUGGUCUCUGGGUGGUUCUCAGUGUCUUCCUGUUCUCUCUGCUUGUUUCUUCCUGUCUUGUGGUCUUUGUCUCUUCCUCUCACCUCCCACACCAGAUCUCACCCCUCCUGCCUAUCUCCCCAUCCCUCUGCUCUUUCUCAUCCUGGAGGCCAUCGGAUGGAGUGGGUGGUUCCCUCCAGGUCGGGAAAACUCCCCUUUUGCACCCUCCCCAUCCCUUUGGAUAACAGGCUUCUCCGUCCUGGAGCUCCGCUUUCUCGCCAUCGAUGGAGAGGCCUCUUCCAAGUCAGGCAAACCAAAGUUUCCAUCCCCUCCCUGACAUAGACUGUGUGGCCUUGGACAAGUCCUGGUCCCCCGGGUAACCCUUUAGGAUGACAAGGGGCAGAGGGAGCAGGGAAUGCCCUGUGCCAAUGAAGCCACAAGUCCAGGCCCUAACCCCUAAGCCCUGUCCCUUACAGCCCAGGGAAAUGUGGGCUCAGCUGGCCCAGGGCCCCGCCGAAGCUCAUCUCUACUGGGCUAGGGAAGGGAGGGCGCCAGAUAGGGAUCCCCGUGGCAAACCCUCACCCCCAUUAGAUGGGUUCUGGGAGCCCGAGCAUCUCGUCCCGGGCCCUGCUCUCCACCCUCCACCACUCGUGGCCCGAGUCCUCUCUCCCCUGCUGCUCACCGGCCCAGACAGGGUGGCCAUCAGACCUGAGAGACAAGGGCUGGGGGUGGGACGGAGGAUGCCAAAGAACGCUUGAAGGGAACCAGGAUGCCCCGGCCCCUGUGCAGGGCAGAGAUACAUCCCCAUAUGGUCUCCCUCCCGCAAGUACUUCCUGUUUCACCCCCAUCCCCAAGGGAGGGGUGGAGCAGCAGGUGCUGAGGGGGGGAAGGGGGGAUGGGGCUUGUUUACUCCCCAGCUUGGGGAGACUUGGCCCAGCUGGGGAGGAACAUCUCAGACCUGCCCAUCUCGGUGGGUUUCCAAAGAACUGGGGACUUGGGCCUCAAGAGAGAGGAAGACCAGACACCAGAGUCCCCGGGCCAGAGCGGUGGAGGCUAGCCAGGGAGGAUGUCCGAGCCGGAGGCUGAGAAUACCAAGUUCUCUAAGUGGGGAGGGUCAAGCUUUGAGACCCCUGGCUCUGCGGAAGAGGGCUUAGACACAGUCCAUGGGUCCACCUCUCCUGCUGCGAAUGGAGCCCCUUCUUCCCAACGGGCCCCACAUUUAUUAGAUCAUUAGUGGCCAUGACAAAGCUUGGGGGGCUUUGGGGGGAUCCUGCUUCAGGCAUCUCCUGGAUUACGGGGGAGCAAGUUAGAAGUAAGGGCCAGGAAGGGAGGGGAGGAGAGGGCAAAGGGGACAGAUUUAGGAACAUGGAACGUCAGAGCUGGGAAGGACCUUGGAAACCAUCUGGUCCCGAGGAGACGGAGAGCGGGACAAGUCAGAAGACCUAAACGGGGCAGGUUAAGGCAGGUCGAAGCUAGAGACUUCACGCAGGGCCCUCACGGCUUCUCCAGCUGGACAUCCCCCACCCUGAGGGUGGUGGCAUCCUG